CAGAAGAAGAGUGACGUUUCAGUCUAACUGAAGUCUCGUUUAAUAUCGUUAUUAUAAACUGGUUUGUUCGUUUGAACUUUAGACGGGACUAUAAAUGAGAGAUAAAGACACAAACCGACCCUCUUCAAAAUCCAGAGCUCACAUAGAUGCAAUUGUCCUUGUUAAUUGGCUGAUGAAGGCUUUUGUUGGCAAUAGUUAGUCUAUGCAUUCCAUUUCAAGAUCGUAGUCCAUCAAUAGACCGAGGUGAUGCAGGUUGGAGUUGGCAUCAGUUCAUCCUCUGAAGUCCAUCAUAAUAGACUGAAGUGAUAUAUGGCUGGCACCGGCUGCAUUUAGUCAUCAUCAUUCAGCGACAUUAGUAGCAGUGGAGUCCAACACGAAGCAGGAAUGGAGCUGGAUCCAGCCGGUUCUGGUGACCUCAGGAUAGGAGUCCCAAGGUUGAGAAAGGGAAACAAAUAAAAAGAUCAAAUCAUCUCCUCCCACACAGCGAUCACAAUUCACACCUUCUGUGAAGCUCCUCCCAAAGUAAUCCACCAAUAAAUGCUGUGAAUAUCCCCAUCAGCCUACAAGAGACGAUCUGUAUUCAAUCAAACAGGAACAACUGAAAUCUGAAAUGAAAGAGAUUGUGAAAGAGGAAGGUGAGAACAUGAGUGAUCCAGAAGCCUGGAGAAUAAAACAUGAAGAUACUGAGGAACAAAGAGAUUGGUGUCCAUUCUUGAUUCUAAACAAACAGGAACAACUGAAAUCUGAAACGAAAAUGAUUGUGAAAGAGGAAGGUGAGAACAUGAGUGAUGCAGAAUCCUGCAGGAUAAAACAUGAAGAUACUGAGGAAGAAAGAGACCUGAUGGACAUUAAGGAGGAAAGUGAAUUGGAGGAGAAACAUCAUGAUUUCAUCACUGGAGUAACAUCUUUGAGUAGCUCUCAGACUGAAAAUGUCUUACAAAUCAGAACUCAACAAUCAAAAGCCAUAAAUGCUUUCACCUGCCCUCAUUGUGGAAAGACUUUGAAACAUAAAACAAACCUUAAGAGGCACAUAAGAAUUCAUACUGAAGAGAAUCCUUUUACAUGCCAACAGUGUGGAAAGACGUUCAGACAAAAAGCAAACCUUAAGAUCCAUAUGAGAGUUCACACUGGAGAGAAACCUUUCACAUGUGUUCAGUGUGGAAAGAGUUUCAAACAAAAAGAAACCCUUCAGGGCCACAUGAGAGUUCACACUGGAGAGAAACCGCUCGCAUGUGAUCAGUGUGGAAAGACUUUCAGACAUAAAAAAAGCAUUAAGAGGCACAUAAGAAUUCAUUCUGACGAGAAUACUUUUACAUGCCAACAGUGUGGAAAGAGUUUCAGACAUAAAGAAAACCUUAAGAUCCAUAUGAGAGUUCACACUGGAGAGAAACCUUUCACAUGUGUUCAGUGUGGAAAUAGUUUCGCACAAAAAGAAACCCUUCAGAGCCACAUGAGAGUUCACACUGGAGAGAAACCGCACGCAUGUGAUCAGUGUGGAAAGACUUUCAGACAAAAGACAAACCUUAAGAGGCACAAAAGUAUUCAUUCUGAAGAAAAUCCUUUCACAUGCCAACAGUGUGGAAAGGGUUUUAGACAUAAAGAUAACUUAAAUAAGCACAUGAUAACACACAGUAGAGAGAAGCCGCAUGCAUGCCAACAUUGUGGAAAGAGUUUCAGACAAAAAGAAAACCUUAAGAGCCACAUGAGAGUUCAUACUGGAGAGAAACCGCACACAUGUGAUCAGUGUGGAACGAGUUUUACAUGUAAAAGGAACCUUAAGAAUCACAUGAGAAUCCACACUGGAGAGAAGCCAUACACAUGUGAUCAGUGUGGAAAGAGUUUCACACAAAAACAAAUCCUUAUGAGACACAUGAGAGUUCACACUGGAGAGAAGCUGCACACUUGCCAUCUGUGUGGAAAGAGUUUGGCACAUAAAGAAAACCUUACGAAUCACAUGAGAAUCCACACUGGAGAGAAACCUUACACCUGUGAUCAGUGUGGAAAGAGUUUCAAAAGGUCACAAAGUCUCCAAGAUCAUCUGCUCUCUCACACUGGAGAAAGAUCAUUUAACUGUGAUCAGUGCGGUAAAAAGUUUGCUGUGAAAUCAGCCCUGAAGCAACACCUGAGAGUUCAUGCAAAGGAGAAGCAUGAUUGUUCUUUGUGUGAAAAGAGUUUUUCACAUUUGGUGAACCUGAAAAGGCAUGAGAAAAUACACAACGGUGUGAAGGAUUAUAUGUUCUGUGAGUGUGGAAAGACUUUUACUGCUUCCAAAGAUUUGAAACGACACCAGAGAAUUCACACUGGAGAAAAACCUCACGUGUUCACACUGUGACAACCAGAGGCGGGCCUAUGGGACAGGCAAGGCAGGGAAUUGCCUGGGGCCCCAAACUGUGAAAGGGCAUCCCGUGGGCAGCAAUUACAUUAGUUCACAACACUUGAAACCAAUGAUUGGCAAUGCUUGGUAGACUAGAAUGUCAUUUUUGAAAACCCCCCUAGGGGGUCCCCAUACCUUUUAGCUAUGAUCAAAUUCAAGCAGGGCUGGAUUGGUAAUUUGGCAUACCGGGCAUUUUUCCAGUGGGCCGACUCACUUUGGGGACUGGCCAUUGGGAGACUUGGGACAAAGCUGAAAUGAGACACUGCGCUAUGCAGAACGGGGGCAGCGAUAUUCAGAAAAGGACAGCGACACAAAUCCCCCAACAACAUUUGGCCCAGUUUCUAUGUAAAUCUCGGGCCUAUUUCACUUCCCAGUCCCCCUUAGUUAAAGUAAGAGCUGGAUGUAGGCAACAUGAAGAGGAUGUCCAAUGUACUAAUCUGGGAGUCAGAAGAGGAGAAACAAGUGCAAACAAUGUCUAUUAGAAUCUGUAUUCCAAAUAUGUGCGCAUUUAGAGGCAAUUUUAUGGAUUAUCAUAUUAAGCCUUCUUCAGAUUUCUUGAGAAAAUUUUGGAUUGUCAUUCGGGGGCAGAUUCAAGAAGAAUGAAUUGCACCCAAUAAAAGCGACAUUUUUUGCAUACAAUCUCUGUGCUUGUUUAGCACCAUAUCACUGCAUCUCAAGACAUCAGCCAGAAAGUUACAAAUUGGAAACAAAUGGGUCUUCCAAAUGGACAAUGACACCGGGCAUACCUCCAAGUUGUGGCAGAAUGGCUUUAGGACAACAAAGUCAAGGUAUUGGAGUGGUCAUCACAAAGCCUUGAACUCAAUCUGAUAGAAAAUGUCUUCUAAAAAAAGACAAUCCCCCCGGAGCAACCUGGAGUUAAGUGUCUUGCUCAAGGACACAAUGGUGGUGGCUGUGGAGAUUGAACCAGCGACCUUCUGAUUAACAGUUAUGUGCUUUAAUCCACUACCACCACCACUUAUUGUGAGAAGCUUGUGGAAGGAUCCCCCAAAACUUUUGACCAAUUUAAACAAUUUAAAGGCAAUUCUACCAAAUACUAACAAACUGUAUGUAAACUUCUGACCCACUGGGAAUGAUGAUGAAAGAAAUAAAAACUGAAAUAAUUCUCUCCACUAUUAUUCUGAGAUUUCACAUUAUUAAAAUAAAGUGACCUAAGACAGUGAAUGUUUUCUACCAUUAAGUGUCAGGAAUUGUGAAAAACAGAUUAAAUGUAUUUGGCUAAGGUGUAUGUAAACUUCUGACUUCAACUCUACAUGUAAGUAUCAAACAUUCAUAACUAUUUAAAUGUAUUUAGAUCUAUUUGCCCUUCUUUGAGUUGCACAUAAACUACCUCAGAUUUAAUUAGAGAUAUCUCUAUGCUGUGAUUUAGUCCUACUAAUAUGAAGGCUUUGCUCAUAAAUAUGAAUGAUGUUACAUAAC